AUGACAAAAACCACCACAAUAGAUUCCUCCCUCGAGACCUAUGAGAGCACCUCGCGAAAGGAUUUCGAGGAAUUGUUCCCCUCGGUCGUGGACACCAUCAUGGAGAAUGUGGAACAAAAAGGUCUCCCAGAGGAAGUCGUCGCACGGUUCAAAGAAACCAAGCUGACUGGCACUCUCAAACCCCAGUGCCUCUACUACAACACCCGAUCCGGAAAGCUCAACCGAGGCCUCUCAGUCCCAGACACAGGCAGCAUCCUCCUCAACAGACCUCUAAACGCCCACGAAUCCAAGUCCCUCUGCACACUAGGCUGGCUAACAGAACUGCUACAAGCCUUCUUCCUCGUCCACGACGACAUAAUGGACCACUCGCUCACCCGCCGCGGCCAGAAAUGCUGGUACCAGCAGCCCAAAGUAGGGCUAAUGGCCGUCAACGACGCCGUCCUGCUCGAGUCCUCCGUAUACGCAGUCCUCAAGUCCCAGUUCCGAGACCAUCCAGCCUACAUCGAGAUGGUAGAGACGUUCCAAGAAGCAGCAUUCAACACCCAACUCGGUCAGCUAUGCGAUCUUCUCACAGCGCCAGAGGAUAGCGUUGACCUGGGCAAAUUCUCCAUGGAGCGGUAUGCGACUAUCGUGCAGUUCAAGACUGCGUACUACAGUUUCUAUCUCCCUGUUGUGCUGGCCUUGCACUGGGUGCAGCUUGCGACGUCGAGGAAUCUACAGCUUGCGCAUGAUAUCCUGAUGCCGAUGGGCGAGUAUUUCCAGGUGCAGGAUGAUUAUCUGGAUCUUUUUGGGGACACUGAUGUGACGGGGAAGAUUGGGACGGAUAUUCGGGAUAAUAAAUGCUCGUGGCUUGUUAAUCAGGCUCUUUUGCUUGCUUCGCCGGAGCAAAGGCGGGUUCUGGAUGAGUGUUAUGGACGGAAGGAUGCGCAGUGCGAGAUGAAUGUGAGGCAGGUGUUUGUGGAUUUGGAUCUUCCGAGUGUGUAUGCGGAGUUCGAGGAGGGGCGCAUUCGGGAGCUGAAGCUGAUGAUUGAGGCUGUUGAUGAGGGUGAUGGACUGCGUAAAGAUGUUUUUGGGGUUUUUCUGGCGAAGAUUUGUAAGAGGUCGGGCUAG